GUCAGGUCCUGCGGUCUGGAGCUCGAGCGCUUCAGGCACCCUGACCGUACACCUUUCCGCGCCCCCUGGGCCCGACCAGUGCUCGUCCGAGCGGCUGCUGAUGGCGGACGACCGCUCGACAGUGCUGACGCCGGGCGAGUGCUUCCGACAUCCCGUCUUGCAUGAUGACGGGUCCGACGCGGGCUUUGUUCUUGGCGUGGUGCGCAGAGUGAUGUCGGACAACCCAGGGGGCACCGCCUACGAGGUGGAGUACUUUGCUGCUGGUGACCAAUAUCUGUCAUGGUGGCUUAAUUCACGCAUUGCGAAGCGAGAGAAGAUGAUCUUACACGUGUGCCGUGAGCCAGUCUCGCGAUGUCGCUACACGGCACCGCGGGAGGGGUGCCAGGUGCUCCACACCAGAGCGCCCCAGAGGCUCACGGCCGCUCAGGCAGUCGAGCGGCACAUGGCAGUGCUCCAGCACGAUGAGGAUUGCCCCGAGCUGCCGGCUGAUGUCGCUCAGGCUGGGGGCGACCUGGUGGAGCUCGACGGCGACGAGGAGGCCGACGAGGCGGACGCGGAGGCCUUUGCUGAGCUCGACAGGGAGCUCGCAGCGCUUUCAGGCAAGUCCGAAGGCGCGAAGGGCCCGGCGAAGGACGGCUACCUGGAGCGCUUCAAUAAGUUGCGGGAGAAGCUCGCGACAGUGCGCGGCCCGGAGGCCGCUGCAGGCGGGGCCGCGGCCGCCGCACCCAACAAGAGGGCCAAGCUCGGCGAGGUGGUCCAGGCGAGGAUGACUGGACAGGCGCCGAGUGCUGCCGCUGCUGGUCCAGCAGAUGGCGGUCGUGCUCGCGGCUCAGGCGAGCGGGCAGCACUGAAGACGCUCGCCGAGUACCUGAGUCGGAAGGGCGACGACGACGACGGCCUGUUUGACAGUGAUGAUGAUCGCGUCCCUGGCGGGCGCCCCGUGGCGGCCCGCCGCCUGGCGUACAAGAAGAUAGCGGAGAAGCAUCCAGGGCGCCUCUCGGAGAGGGAGAUGGAGAACAUGGCGCAGUUUCUGGACCAUGAUGAUGCUGGAGGUGUGACCAAGCAUAGCCCCGUGGCGCUCAAGUUCUUGCUCCGGGUGCUGAAGCCUGCGCACCCCAUUCGUGAGAUUGGCGAGGACCGGUACCGCGAGCUGCGGACGCUCGCGGAGAGUGCGGACCUCAUAGUCUCGGGCAAGCCCAUUCACGCCCUGGAUUUCAUCUUCUGCAGGAUCAAGGCUAUCCAAAAGACCAUACGGGAUGGCCAUUCGAGGACGGCGAAGUGGUUCGAGCUCAUCCCCCCCGACAAUGGUGGAGUGAGCCUCUCAGUUGAGGACGAGGAGCUCGUCACGGGCAUCGAGGCUGCCGCGGCUAGGGGUCUGGCCGGGGCGGCGGCGAGAGCUUGGCCGACUGCCCUGCAGGCGGGCCGCGCCGCUCCCCCGUCGGGGGGCGGCUUGCCCGCGCUGACAGACCGCCCGGGCCCCCAGGCGGUGGACGGGAAGCCCUUGUCAGCGCGGGCGGCGGCGCGCGCGGAGACUCCGCGUGCCGAGGGGGAGUCCAGGCGGCAGUUGAAGAAGAGGAUCGCGUCGCAGUUCUUCAAGCGCCGGGUGUCGGCCAAGAAAGCGGCGAAGCCGAGCGAGCCGCAGAGCGAGGUGGCCGCGCUGACGCUGGGCCAGUGGAAGGCGGACAUCGCCUCGCGCAUGUGCCGCAGCGGCCCAAGCCGGAUGACAAUGCUGGAGAUCGGCUUCGGGAUCCUCACCACUGCUCUAAAGAAGGAGGCCCAAGUCAUGGCGGUCGAGGUGUGGACCUUCCUGAGCGUGCUGGGCCUGAAUUACAUUUACCUUGGCCACCUGAGCAAGGACCGCUGGGAAGCAGCCGGGCGCCUUUCUGAGGUGCAGGCCGCCAGCCUACGUGUGAUCGGUGAGACGGUCGAGUGGCACGUGGGCGACGCGUUGGCGGCGGUGGACAUCCCAUUCUGGCCUCAGGAAAUGAAGAAGACGAAGUCGAGCUACGACAUGGAGGAGGACUGUCGGGCGCUCCCUCUGAAGCUCGGCGAGCUUGAGCCCGGCCUUCCCAAAGCCGAAGACAUCGGCCGCUUGGACGUGCUGGACUAUGUGGGGCCAGAGCUCAAGGAGGUGCCCACCAAACCCGAGAUGUCGCUCGUGCCGGAGGCCGAGUGGCCCGAGUCGCCCCCGAAUGCAAAGGUCAACGUCGAGAAGCUGGAGGACUGGUGGGCCAUCGCUGCCAAGCUGGUGGAGCGUGGAUUGCUGGCCCCUCUACCAGCUGAGCGCAUCUUUGUGGCCCGCGGCCGUCGCGUCACGAACGGUUUGUUUGCUGCGGCGAAGUCGGGGUCCCCAGCUGAGGGAGAGGCCAGAAUGACACGAUUGAUUUUCAACAUGGUCCCGACGAAUACGUACCUUCGACCGUUGGCGGGGGACUCAGUGACUCUGGCACCCUCGCCGGCGUGGGUAAGCAUCUCCCUUGGCCCCGUGGAGGUGCUGCUCUGGAGUGGGGACGACCAGAAGGGAGCUUUCUUCAUGUACCGCAUCCCUGCGCCGCGGCUGGGCUACAUGGCGAUUUGCACCCCAAUCCCCGGCCAUGUUCUUGGCGUGAAGGCCAAGGAGGUGUGGCUGGCCAUGACGGUGCUGCCCAUGGGCUGGGUGUACAGCGUUCCCAUUUUCCAGAGCGUCCACCGGCGAGUUGCGCUUCUGGGUCGCCCUGCUGGCGCCGCCCCCCCAGCUGACCUGGAGUGGCGGCGCGACCGUCCUAUCCCCACCGCUGCAGCUGCUCCCCUGUCUCAUGAGGGCCCUCGCGAGUGGUGGAGCGCGUACAUCGACGACUUCGAUAACUGCGAGACGGCUGGACGCAAGGAGGCGCUCGCGAUGGUGGGCACCCCUGGCCGCCUGCAGGCCCAGCUGAGGGAGAGCUACCAGCGGAAUGCAAUCCCCAUCAGCGUGGACAAGGUGGACGGGAUCUCAGGCAGGGCCGCCAACAAUCGGAUAAAGAACGUGCAGCUGUGCAGCCUUACAAUGUGGCUCCUGACGAGAGAGAACCCCCUCGGGAACCAGCUCCUGGUUCUCAUGGGACGCCGGGUGAGGGCGCUAGAGUUUCGACGUCCUCUCUUCGGGGUGUUCAACUCGGUAAGGGAGCAGAUUGGCUCGGGCCGCACUGUGUUGACCAGAGCCAGCCUGGACGAGCUGAUGCACAGCUGCCUGCUGAUGCCCCUCGCCUCCACCAGCCUGAGGGCCGCUACCACGGGCAUCGUCUCGUGCUCUGACGCCAGCGAAGACGGUGCAGGUAUGUGCACGGCCGUGGGGCUCGCAGAGGGGGCCGCGAAGUUCCUGGCAUCUCUCGGGAGCCCUGAGACCUGGGGCCAUCGCAUUGCCAGCUGCACAGGCUCGUGCACGAUCGAGCCGACCAGGAUCGCCCCAGGGGCUCCGCCGCGCGUCCUGUUGGUGAGCUUGUUUGACGGCAUCGGCGGUGCUGCUGUGUCGCUGGUGCGCGCUGGUUUCGACAUCGUGGGCUACAUGAGCAGCGAGGACGCGAGCGGUGUGAACGCCGACCGGCAGGGCGCACAUGGCGCUCGGAGCGGCCUGUGCAAGCGCAUACCCAAGGUGGUGAGCGCACUUGCUCUCGUCAUGAAGGUGCCUGUCUAUUGGCUCGUGGAAGAUGUACUCUCAAUGAGCGCAGGAUCCCUCCAGGAGUUCUCCCGCACCCUCCAGACUAGGCCCAUCAGCGUGUGCAACUCCCUCUUUACCGAGAGUAGAAGGCCACGAUUGUACUGGUUGUCUCGGAGAGAGGCGGUCCUCAAGCUCCCCGGGGUGCACGUGGAGCCCAAGGCCAACUACGACCUCAUCAGUGCACUCCAGGUCCCGAAGGCUCCUGCAAGCUCUUGGGUUGCCUCAGGGUGCUCCAGGGCAUCGGACAAGGGCCCAGUCUGCACGUUUCUCCAGCGGCGGGGGAAGACUGUCCCGUACAAGCCUGCAGGUUUAUCGACAGCAAGCCCAGAGGCCAUCCAGAGGUGGACCCAGGACCUGCACGCGUACCCUCCGUACCAGUACGAGCUAGUUCACAUGAUUCGGGACUCCAAGGGGGACCUGAGGCCUUUGUGUGCCACGCAGAAGGAGGUGCUCAUGGGAUUCCCUCGCCACUACUCGCCGUCCGUAGCCAGCUCGGGCUCCAGCCGUGGCAGCGUCGAGAACGAUCGCUGCAGCCUCUUGGGGAACGCGUUCGCCUGCUGCGUCGUUAGCUGGCUGUUCCUCGGUCUGAAGUGCCAGUUGGGCUGGCCCGUCAGGGCGACCGACCUCGAGGGGGUCGCGAGCGAGUUGGAGGUAAAGGACUUACUCGACGAGUCGGUGGAGUUCUCGAAGGACCCCAUCAAGGAAACCUCCAUCGGCCGCAAGCUGGUCGAGAUUUUCUGGACGAUUGCCGAGAAGUCGGGGAGUGACAUCCGCCUCGACCUCGGUGUGCCUUUCCGCCCCAAAGCUUGGCCGCGAUCCUCGAUUGACCCGGCGCUGUGGCGCUGGCGGCCGACGCUGUCCUUCCCGUGGCCGAAGUCGUCGAGGGAGCUGCAUAUCAACGCGCUCGAGUUGAAGGCGGUGAACGCUUCCUUGCGGCACAGGACUCGCACUACCUCGUUCAGGAGCGUGAAGGCGCGCAGUGUGAAGCUGUCCUCGCUCAACGACGUGGACAAAAACUUCGGCUUGUACAUAGAAGCGUGUUGGGCAGAGCUGGAGCCGCUUUACCUGGUGGUCAAUGCGACAGCGGCUUUGCAGUGGAUGAUGCCCUCCUUGAAGGGCAACCUGCAGCAGAGUUGGAGCCUGGUGCGAGCGUGGGAGAGGCAGUGCACGCCUUGUCGGGCGACACCGUUCACGGCCGACAUGGUCCUAGCCUUGGCAGCUGCAGCGUGGGACCUCGGCUGGGAAGGUCUGGCAACCGUGAUGCGGUUUCGACACUUUCAUGCGCGCAGGCGAGCUGCUGGCUCUCAGACGGCGGCACAUCCUUGUCAAAGGUGA